UGAAUGAAAUCAUAUGGCUUUAAUAGUUAUUUAAAUAAAUGAAAGUCAUUCACUUAAAUCACAGAUAUAGUAUAAUGUCAGAAUCAUAAUAUAGAUUUCAGCCGUACAAUUGCUGUAUUUAAGAGCAGUGUUGCCACCCCAGAAAAGGUUUUUUUUUAAAUUUUAAAUCCAAAUUAGUUAACAUAUAGCAUAAUAAUAAUUUCAGGAAUAGAAUUUAGUGAUUCAUCACUUACAUGUAACGCCUAGUGCUCACCCCAACAAGUGUCCUCCUUAAUGUCCCUUGCUCAUUUAGCCUAUCCUCCUACCCAACACCCCACCAGCAACCCUCAGUUUGUUCUCUGUAUUUAAGAGUCGCUUAUGGUUUGUUUUCCUUUCUGUUUUUAUGUUAUUUUUGUUUCCCUUCCCUUAUGUCCAUUUGUUUUGUAUCUUAAAUUCCACAUAUUAGUGAAAUCAUAUGCUACUUAUCUUUCUCUGACUGACUUAUUUCGCUUGGAAUAAUACACUCUAGUUCCAUCUACAUUGUUAUAAAUGGCAAGAUUUCAUUCUCUUGGAUCACCAAGUAAUAUUCCAUUGUAUACAUAUAUACAUUCAAGAGUGGCUGCACCAGCUUGCAUUCCCACCAGCAGUGCAAAAGAGAUCCUCUUUCUCUGCAUCCUCGCCAACAUCUGUGGUUGCCUGAGUUGUUCACGUUAGCCAUUCUGACAGGGGUGAGGUGGUAUCUCACUGUGGUUUUGAUUUGUAUUUCCCUGAUGAUGAGUGAUGUUGAGCAUUUUUUCAUGUGUCAGUUGGCCGUCUGGAUGUCUUCUUUGGAAAAGUGUCUAUUCGUGUCUUUUGCCCAUUUCUUCACUGGAUUAUUUGUGUUUUUGGGUGCUGAGUUUGAUUAAGUUCUUUAUAGAUUUUGGAUACUAACUAUCUGAUAUGUCAUUUGCAAAUACCUUCUCCCAUUCUGUCGGUUGCCUUUUAGUUUUACUGAUUGUUUCCUUUUCUGUGCAGAAGCUUUUUAUCUUAAUGAGGUCCAAAUAGUUCAUUUUUGCUUUUGUUUUCCUUGCCUCUGGAAACAUGUCAAGAAGUUUCUGCAGCCGAGGUCAAAGAAGUUGUUGCCUGUUUUCUCCUCUAGGAUUUUGAUGGCUUCCUGUCUUACAUUUAGGUCUUUCAUCCAUUUUGAGUUUAUUUUUAUGUAUGGUGUAAGAAACUGCUCCAAGUUCAUUCUUCUGCACGUUGCAGUCCAGUUUUCCCAACACUGUUUGCUGAAGAGACUGUCUUUUUUCCAUUGGAUAUUCUUUUCUGCUUUGUCAAAGAUUAGCUGGCCAUAUGUUUGUGGGUCCAUUUCUGGGUUCUCUAUUCUGUUCCAUUGUGUCUGUUCUUGUGCCAGUAUCAUACCGUCUUGAUGAUUACAGCUUUGUAGUAUGGCUUGAAGUCUGGAAUUGUGAUGCCUCCAGCUUUGGUUUUCUUUUUCAGUAUCGCUUUGGCUGUUUGAGGUCUUUUCGGGCUCCAUACAAAUUUUAGGAUUGUUUGUUCUAGUUCUGUGAAGAAUACUGGUAUUAUUUGGAUAGGGAUUGCUCAGAAAAGUUUUAAAGCAAGGAUGAGUAGUACCAGACCAUAUAUGUCAAAAUCUUAUGGCUGUUAUUGUCAUCUUAGACUAUGGGGAGGACCCUGGAUAGUUUUCCCAAAUGUUCAUGUCUUGACCUCUCAGGUGUCUGUGUUGUUAGGAUCUCAGCUAUUCUCUUCAUCUAAAAGACAUUUCUAGGUUGCCUUCAAAAUAGAGGCAUCAACUACUGGAUUUUUCUCUGAACACACUACCUUUUGGAACUGCAAUGUGAUCCUUCAGGGCCUCCUUCUGCCACGAAAUACUGGCUGGGGGGGGGGGGGGGCGGGGAGCGGUGGUGAUAGUGGUGGAAGCAUUCAAUUAAGUGAUGAGCCAGUGUCAUCUCUGUGGAGGACCCCAGCUUCCCUUAAAACCGGUGGCGAAGCUUGUACCCAGUAUAAGGUAAUGAAGUAUAGCCGAGAACCAUGUAGUAAUUAUCUUUUAUCCCUCGAAGAUCUCAGAGAUUUGUGUCCCGUUCUCUGUCCUGUUACGGAGUAUAGUGAAAGCAACAAAUUUUGGAGACAAAGGGACCUGGCUUUGGUCUUAGCGGGGCCACCGCCAGAACUACAGCCACAUUUGUGUUUUCCUGUAAUGUAUAGUGUGCUGUGACUGAUUGGACUUAAGUAUGCACAACAUUGGGGAUUAACAGUUGACACAUAAGCAGGUAGUUACUUCAAGUCAACUUUUAGGAAAAUCCUGUUUUGCGCAAGUAUUAACAUAGGGGAUGGCGACGAUUCUGGGCUCGGAAAUACCCUUUUUCCACUUAGCGUUUGGAAAAGGAACGUAAGGCCGAAAGGAGGUCUAACGCCCACCAACGGGCACCGCCCCCUCUUAGCCCCACCCCUACCAAGGCCCCGCGUCCUUGCUAUUGGUUCCUUUCUCUGCGCCGUCCGUUGCCGUGGAGACCAAGGCUAUGGCAACCAGGAGAAGCCAAACUUGGUCCUUCCUCUGGAACCGCGAGGGCUCCAGGACAAGGGGCUGGACUCCGCGCGGAGUUCAUGGCGCUCUACGAGCUUUUCUCUCAUCCGGUGGAGCGCGGUUACCGCGCGGGGCUCUGCUCCAAGGCCGCGUUGUUCCUGCUGCUGGCCGCCGUGCUCACGUACAUCCCGCCGCUGCUGGUGGCCUUCCGGAGCCACGGGCUUUGGCUGAAGCGGAGCAGCUACGAAGAGCAGCCGACCGUGCGCUUCCAGCACCAGGUGCUUCUCGUGGCCCUGCUGGGACCCGAUCACGGCGGGUUCCUGGCCUGGAGCACGUUCCCCGCCUUCAACCGACUGCAGGGGGAUCACCUGCGCGUCCCGCUGGUUUCGACUCGAGAAGAAGACAAGAACCAGGAUGGGAAAAUGGACGUGUUACAUUUUAAACUGGAGCUUCCUCUGCAGUCCACGGAACAUGUUCUUGGUGUGCAGCUCAUCUUGACUUUCUCCUACCGAUUGCACAGGAUGUCGACAUUCGUGAUGCAGAGCAUGGCGUUUCUCCAGUCCUCCUUUGCUGUGCCAGGGUCCCAGCUCUAUGUGAACGGAGACCUGAGGCUGCAGCAGAAGCAUCCCCUAAGCUGCGGUGGCCUCGACGUUCGGUACAACGUGUCUGUAAUCAACGGGACCAGCCCUUUUGCCCGUGACUAUGACCUCACCCACAUUGUUGCCGCUUACCGGGACAGGAAUGUAACCACCAUCCUGAUGGACUCCAACCCCAUCUGGCUGGUGGGAAGGGCCGCCGAGGCUCCAUUUGUGAUUAACGCCAUCAUCCGGUACCCAGUGGAAGUAAUUUCAUAUCCUUUCUGAUUCUGGGAAAUGAUAAAGUUUGCCUGGAUCCAGUAUGUCAGUAUCCUGCUUAUCUUCCUCUGGGUGUUUGAAAGAAUCAAAAGAUUUGUGUUUCAGAAUCAGGUGGUGACCACGAUCCCUGUCACCAUAAUGCCCCAGGGAGAACUGUAUAAGGAGCACUUAUCAUAAGAAGACCAUUUCUGAGAACUAAGCAGGACCCUGGCUACCUCAGCCUUGUCUUCUGGGAACGGCCAUCUUAAGAAAUUUUUGCAAAGAGCUCCUCAUGGACACGUGCCCGUGCGUGUCCUUUUCCUAUCAGAGACAAAGGACAAUCCGUUUUAAGUUUUCUCUACGCAAAUUCCAUGUCUUCUAAGCACCUCCACAAUCUUCAGGGACUAGUUUGUGGAAACAUCCAGAGGUUCCUGAAGGCUAUAAUUUGCUUUUUUUUUUUUUUUUUUUUUGCCUUAGACUUGAAUUU